AUUGAGUCUCCUAUCCACUCGUGUUGUGUCCCAAACAUCGUAUAUAUACCUCAGCAUUUCCAGGACUUCUCACCAUUCUCAGCCUUCUCAGUUCUCACAUCUCCAAUUCCUACAGAGAAGCAAAAACUCAAGAAUCCCAAACCAGCUCACCUACAAGACCAUCUAGCAAUGGCAGAGAAGAACCAGAACCAAUACCACCCAUCCAGAUCGAACGGCUAUCGCCGGAAUGAUCGAGAAUCGCUUCACACCAUGGAGGAUGAGGAGGCCAGCCGCAAGAAGAGGAUGAAGUGGACGAUCGGCAUCAUCGCCUUCGUCUUCUUUCAGGUAGUCCAAGGUCUCUUCUUCGUCCUGGUCAUCAUGAAGUUCAAGUCCCCCAAGUUCAGGGUCGGCGACUUUGGCGUCCAGACUCUGAACGUUAGGACUCAGGCAUCGCCUUCAUUCGACAUGAGCUUUGUUGCCCCGAUCCGAGUCAAGAACACCAACUGGGGUCCCUUCAAGUAUGACGCCUCUACUGUUAGCUUCACUUAUGGAGGUUUCCAGGUAGGACAAGCAAUCGUCCCCAAGAGCAAGGUCAAUUUCAAGUCUACCAAGAAGAUCGACGUGGAUGUGACUCUGAGCUCUGCUAAUUUGCCUAGCAAUAUCAAUGCAAAUCUCGGGAGCGAAUUGAGCUCUGGGGUCAUAACUUUGAAAAGUCAGGGCGUGCUUAAAGGAAAGAUUACAGUCAUGCUCAUGCUCAAGAAGACGAAGAUCUCCCAAAUGAAUUGCACCAUGGCAAUCGAUUCCUCGACAAAGGCGGUCCAAUCCUUGUCGUGUUAACGAGGAUCCUGAGUGUAAUUCUCGGCGAUCCAUAGUUUGUGAGAUCGCUGUUAUAUUUCCCUUCCACAGUUUUCCUUGGAUUGAAUAGAGAAAUUUAUGUAUUUCUUUGGUACUGUU